UCAUCUGAUAGAAAUGACAGACUUGUUUACCGGGCUGGAUCAAAAAAGGGUCCAACAUUUGUCGACAGCGUAAACACAGAUGAUGGUAAGUCAGUAUUUUGUAAGAGGCGAUCUACUUUAAUGAAGUUUUGUCAUUAUAUCUAUGAACUACAUCCAUACCUACAACCUGAAUUAAACUUUAAACUUAAAUUUCCUGCCUGUUCCUAGUCCUUUCGAGUUUAUUUCACGAAAGGUGAUUCGCUAAAAAUAACAAUUCUGUUUUUUUUCUCUCUCAUUUUUUAUGAUUAGUCUUAAGUGACAAAACGUAUAUGGUGCAGGUUCAACGUGCUGCGCUUUCCAUUCUUGUAUUCGCGUCUUUAUGUUAGAUUUGCUACUCUUAGUAUUAUAGUCCGUCCAAGCACACACACGCUUCUUCUUUAUUUCCCAGGUAUACGUAAGAGGUUUUGGUUGGCUUUCGUCGUUGUUUUUAUCACAGCGAUGAAAAAGUGUGGAUAAGAAUGAUCGUGAAAACACAGCGUACGGUACUGUAGUUCUGCCGUCGACGAAGCCCUUCUCAACUUCUAUUAUUGUUCACUCAGUCGUGUGCCUACAUAUGCACACAAUGCAUAUAAGGCACGUUAUGUAACACCAAGAAAAAAAAACUGAUUCAUUUUCAACAAAAAAAUAAAAAUAAAAUACACGGCAGACCAGACUGUUCUUUGCGGUCUUUUAAUUCCAGGGCCAGUCUGCAUAAGAAGUUACGCAUGGCUAUUGCCAGGUGUAAAGGCGCGGAACAACGCGAUUGAGGAGUUUGGGGGGGGGGGCACUCCCUUAUUUGGCUUAAAUGUGCAUGUGCCGCUGAACAGGGUAUGGAUUUCUAGGUCAGUCUUGAGUCUUUUAAAAACAGGGGGUACAAUUUCACUAUUUAGCUUCUUGAACAGGAUAUCUUUUUGGACCGAGGACUUUUCAAAGAGUGUAAAGGUAGGCGGUAAGUGGUCUGCAUUAUUUUAUGGAAACAGUACUUUUUCCAAAAAAUCUUAUCCCAUGAUGUUUGUCUAAAAACUAAAUAAGUUGGGUCAUAACAUAAGGUCUAUUUUCUUAAACAGGGGAGCUAAAUGAGCCGAAUUUUUGUCUUAUACAGGGUCAGGGUAUAUAAAGGCCUCGGCGGCGCACCUCUACUUAACGGCUUCCCUUAGCCCGAUAUUUCUCAAGCGGCUUUGACGACUUUAUCUCCCCUCUUCCUUCACCUGUUCCUUGAAACUCCUGCCACGCACAGUGACGGGCACUAACAGUGUAAAAAAACUCCAAAGGAUGACGACAAGGAGGUAUUAAUAUUUUUAUCUUAUUUCCAGUAUGGCUAGUCACGAAUCGGAAUUUGUACUAUCCGCUUCACCAAGACGACUACCGAGAAAGACGACGAACCACAGGAACAAAUCCAGAUGUUUGUCUAUGGCAGACUGACAUUACUAACUCAGAUAAGUUAAUCGUUGAAGAUCAUCCGAAGUUUCGGGGAGUUUGUGUGAUUCAACUGAAAGAGGUAGUUGAAAAUUUACUGGGUUAAGUUCAGUUAAAUACAAAGUAUCCAUGACGUUCUCUAAAGAAAAAGCAGCUAAUGGAGCUAACACUGAGUCAGGCGAGGAGGUUUUUUUCCCAGUGGCUUUAACUUCCUCACAUGUAUUUACCAGGCAUCGACUGGCAUGUGGUAUCUUUAAUGCCUUUGUAGAUAAAAGUUUCAGAAAGCGUGAUUUUUUUUCUCACGUUUCAACGGUUGGUCGAAGUCACUGCCAUUUUUAGAUUUUAUCACUGCUAAGAUCCUGAAAUCUAAAAAAAGACUUAAUUACAUACAAAUAUAUCUAAAAAAAACAUCCAUACCUAUAUCUUAAUUCACCUUUAAAAUUUCGCACCUGUAUAAAGUAUAAUACUCUCUUGACAAGAGAGUUCACAUAGUUCUCAUGACUGAUUUACUGCGGUGGAACCCCGGUAAUACAGUCACCAAUGGGCCCAAAAAAGUUGGCCGUAUUAACAGGGGGUAACCGUAUUAACGACGUUUUUUAACAAAAGAAAAUGUAUGGUCGUUUUGCCAGGCCGCCAAAAAAAGUGGCUGUAUUAACGAGGUUACCGUAUUACCGAGGUGGCCGUGAGGCGGGGAUUCACUCCUUUCAUACAAAUUCGACGUGUGUUUUUAUAAAAUGUUUAGUUGAAGUUUUUCGCUCUUACAAACUGAAGAGGGUCAUAAAAGUCAACAUCUCAUUGCUUUUCUCGUUCCUAAAGAUUGCAUUAGUUUUACCUUGUAGUGGACAUACACUUUAAUUUUAGUUCGUUGGCGCUGUUCUGAUAAAAUAUAAGAACGAAAUUGCUUCGUUUGCUUUAUAGCAUUAAAGGCUAAUUCCUCCUUCCAGUCGUAGAAAAAAACCCAUGACCAGGAAUUUGGACUUAAAGUCCGGAAAAGACGAGGAUUGGAACCAAGAGAGGAAGAAGGACCUUUAUCGGCUCUCUUGAUUGGAACCUUCUCCUUGUCUUAAUACGGUGUAGCCUUUUUGGGUAUGAAAAAUGAAACUUCGAUAUAUAGUAUACAAAUUUCCUUCUGUGCUUUAUAAUCACAGGGCGCAAAGAGAUCCACACGAUCUAGAGGAGAAGAGAAAAGAGAACUCAUUUAUCCCAAAAUUAUAGAUGAAUUGAGGUCUUUAACCUGGGUUAAACCAAAACCCUUUAAAUCCCAAGGAGGAAUGUCACUCAUAAGCUUUAGUAUGCUGGUGCACGCCAUAAAUGUCUACUUGAACGACAACUAUCCAGAAGCCCCAGAAGACUUUAAUUUCCAGGCGGAGCUAAAGGCUGCAAGCCACUGGCAUUGGUCGGAUGAUGAAAAACGAUGUCUUGCACUUGGGCCGCAUGAUGAUUGUCGCGUAAAAUUUGCUGCAAAACAGACAUUUGAUAAAUGGGUAGAAGAACUGGAUAAAGAGAGGGAACAGCUGUUCAAAAAAUCUGGAGAAGACAGCCGCUCUACGGAUGAGGACGAAAGGGUGUCAGGUAAACAAGCGGGGACAUAUUCUCCUCGGUCAUCUUUUGAUAAUUUUAACCCACGAAAUUUCUCUUUUUGAUCCUGGGUUUCUAAGUCAUUGAGACGGAAUAUUGGUUAGUUCGAGAUAUUAAGUUGGUAAUUUACUUUUAUUGAUAAACUUAACUUUUCAUAAUGUUGGCCUUACUUUUUUAAAAUUUCAAUCCAUGUCCAUCCUUGCCAUCUGUUGCAAUAGACAACAGGCUGAACAGGAGACAGUAUUAAAGCCUAAAUAUAGUGGACAAAGCUGGACCAUUAUUUUCUGAAUUCAAUUGGUGCGAAGACAAGUCUAAAUAGCUGUUUAAAAGUUCAGAAGAUCAAGCUUACAAAGGGAAGACAAAGCCUUCUUUCAGAAUUUGACUCAGGAGAUGGACUUAAGCUAACUGAGCCAGGAGAUAGUGUUCCUAGAAACAAGACCUCGAAGCGAGGUAUCAGGUCUUUAUCAUCAAAGCGUCCUGUGAACCAAUCUGUGAACCAAUUGAAGGUGUAAAGUUAACUGUUAGGGUCUCAUGUAUUUCGUUAAAGGGCAUUUUAAUGUGGUUAAAUAUUGUAACUUAGACAAGGAUAACCUCAAGACAUCACUAGCGGUUUAGCGUCAGAGCCCCAGGCAGGCAGACUUGCGGGGGGUGACCGCGCCAGGGUCUGCAGUGACUUGCAUGUGAGUGCAUAACUCAGCUUUGCCUGCUUUGCUUUGCUGAUCUUUGCAGAUCAUUGUGAAUUCAACCCCUUUUUGCAUACAUGAAAACAAUGACCCACCCCCAUUAUUUUUCCAGCCUACCCCCACCUGUACUUUAUGACUAGUCUCUAAGUGUAUACGACACACCUUUCUAAACCGCGAAAAUUUUUGGAUCAAAACUAACCAAUCGAAAUGAAAGUUCUUAGGUGGCCCCGGUUGAAGUCGUCACACUGUAAUAUUUUACCCUAGACUGCAAAACAGUCGGGUUUUUUUCUCAAAAUCAGUAAAGAAAUCGGUAAAGCGUGGCGUAUUUCUAGCGUCUCUCCCCAGUCUCGCUCUCUGUUUUCAGCCUCGUUCUAGACCUUUCGUUUGACUGCUCGCGCGCACUUGAAUACGAAAAAAAAAAUACGGACUGUUUUGCAGUAAAAUUUUCCCCUUUUUUUAUAAACUGAAAUGAAUACGAAUUAAAUUUCUCCUGUUCCUUUUUCCUGAAGAUCUUGAGGAAGGAAUUUUUUCCUUGAUGAUGUAUUAUAAUUUUGAGAUGAAAAACGAAUCACCAACUACGGUUCACUGGGCUGCGAAAGGUAAAACGUUGUGAGUAUUUGUUGCCGCCAUAUUCGGCUCUAAUAAUGCUAUAGAGUGUUUUCACAUGACGUCACGGCGGCCAUAUUGCUGGUUUUCAGUGUCACGCCAUUCAAAAUAGGUCAAAAUAAAAAUCAAAACCAUUCGACAGAUAAACUCCAGAAUCUGGGAAAUGGAAGGAGGUAAGUAAACAAAGACCCACGCCAAGAUUUGGGUCGAAAGAAUAAUUUGUAUACGAGAUAUCCGAGGAAAUGUUUUACCCAAAUUUAUAGAGCUUUGUAUGGAGACGCCAUGCCAGAGCUCAUCCGGAUGAGCUCCAACAUGGCGGACGGAAACCAACAGAAACAUCUGUUACCGAAUUUUGCUACAAAAGCGUGAAUUUACUCCUAGAGGAACUCAUGAACAUUAAAGUAAUAAUUUUUCUAAUACAUGAACUGUUUAGAUAGCAAAAUUCCUCGAAAAAAGCCACUUUUUUUAACCUAAAUGACAGCUCUCUCGGCCGUCAUGUAAAUGCUGCGUCACGCAAAAGCUUAGAGAAUUCAAGUGUUUUCUAUUACAAAACCAAGAACCCUUUUGAAGCGAAAAUUAGUUUUCAGGUGCUCUAAUACACCAUGAAAGUAAAAUCUCAGUAGGAUCGAUAGUUUUGUAGUUUGACUUUUAGUGACGUUAUGUGAAAACCAACAAUGGGUGUCCCAAAACAAUGAAACGGCGGCCAUGUUGAUGUCCUAAACCAGUCCUCUGGGAGCUGAACUCUUGUCUUAUGCAAACGCUUUUUUUUGUUCCAAUAAAUUUGCAUAGAUGCUGGCCACGUGAGUGAAAACACUCUAUAGCUAGGUAAAGUCUUGAUAAGUUUUACUUAAAUGUAACAUUUUUUUAUGUAUUCUUUAACGUUGGUCUCGUCUUUACAACAGUUUUCAUCAUUCCUCAUGUUUUUCUUACGUCUUGCAAACACCUAUUUUCAGGUACCUGUAGUCUGUAGUUUCCGGGAUACCUCAGGGAACCAUAUUGGGUCCCAUUCUCUUUUUGAUAUGUUUAUUAAUGAUCUACCUACCAACACCACACCUGGUAUUAAACUCUUCGCCGACGACUGUGUUCUUUACUGCCCGAUUAAUUCCGUAAGGGACCAUUUCGCCCUCCAGCGAGGCCUCGAUCAACUAGAGAAGUGGGCCUACACAUGGCAGAUGAAAUUUGCUCCUACAAAAUGUUUUGUUAUGUCCGUCACCUUGAAGAAUUCUCCUUCCCAGUUUAGUUACUCCCUUUGUAAUGCGCAGCUCGACGGUGCUUUCCACCAAAAGUAUUUCGGCGUCUAAAAAGAAGGCUAUGAUAGUCUUGAGGAUCCUUCAAAGGAAUCUCCCAUCGUGCGAUCGAUCGGUUAAGGCACGCGCAUAUCUAUCCUUAGUGCGUCCGAUUGUUGAAUACGCCACGGUUGCUUGGUCUCCGCAUACAAAUAAAGGGAUUGACUGUAUCGAAUCCGUUCAACGCCGCGCAGCACGUUUUGUUAACAGCGAUUACAGCCGCUAUUGUAGCGUUUCAUCUAUACUUACUGAUUUGAACUGGCCUUCACUGCAGUCAAGGCGCAGGAUAUGCGAUCUCGGCAUGUUCUAUGAGAUUCAUAGAGGUCAAGUCAACAUCUCCCUUCCCUAUGACCCUACCUCUGUGCCUGCGUAUGGCCAUACAAGGGCGAGUCACGACUUUAAGAUCAGGCUACCAUCCUCUUCAGGCGACGCUUACAAACACUCUUUCUAUGUGAGAUUAAUCCCUGCGUGGAACGCGUUAUCAGUUGAUGUUGUUAGUUCGGCAUCUUUCUCAGAAUUUAUCCCAAGAGUGUCCACUACUUUAACAUAUUAACUUAAUCACAUCGUUUAUUUUCAUACCAUGUAAUUCAAUACCAUGUAAAUGUUUCAUUGAAAUUUCAUACCAUGUAUUUGAGCGACCGCUGGCCGCUCUAUUGCCGGAUUAGCAUACACGCUAUUGGCAAUUACCUUGAUUAAAGAUUAAAGAUUAAAGUUUAAAGAGGUACCAACUGCAUUCCUUCCCCACCUCUACAUCUAGAAAAGGCUUUGUAAAUUGAUGCAAUGUAAUCAGUUAUUACAAUGCAAUUCAACUGCCAUUGCUGUCACGCGGUAUGGUAACCGAAAUUACAAGCCACGUCGCGAAAUAAAGCUCGAUAGGUGAGGCAAGAGCGGACUUCCCGGAACUGACCCCCUUAAUUUUUUCGUUUAAUUUGAAGGUUCAACUUCCCCUAAAAUUACGGAAAAUGCCGGACGCCAAAGAUUGGGCAGAAACGCAGGAAAAAAGAGGUGA